AUGGUUGCCGUUCCGUCUCGUCCCUUCUACUGGCCGGGUGGCAUUCCACUAGAAAUCCAAAUUGAUCCUACAGGCGAUAUUGAUCCCAAGGACGAUAAUGAGGCAAAGGGGUGGAUGCUUUUUGUAGAGUCUGGACAUGACCUGCCCCUCAUUAAUAUCCUGGAAGGAGCCAAGGCUCGAGAUGAGUUCCGUUCUGGAUUUGACGGCGCGCGCGACGGCUGGAUGGAGGACAUUGAGAUUUACGCACCUGGAAAUCUCGAAAUGAAGCGGCAGGGAAUGAGACUGACUACGACCAUUCCCGUCUGA